AGAAGAGAUUCAAGCAGAUCAGGGCUAGAUGUUGGAGGGAAUGAGGCUGAAGGGAUGGGCGCUGUCCGCGAAAGCUCUGGCGGGGAGCAGACUCCUUGGGAGAAGAAGAGCGAGCGACAGAGGAUGGUGCGAGAGGAGGUGGCGAAAGGAACCCUCCGCAUGAAGAGGAUGAGAGGAAAACCGGAGGCGGUUACGGGCGGGGAUGGAGGUGGCGACGGAGAUCGUGCCUCGGGAAAGAGUCUGACGAAGGAAGAGGGUAGGACGACAAGUAAGAAAGCGAGGAGGCCCGACGGUUUGACCAUCCGCGAAGGAAAAGCUGCGGGUGGAGGAGAUUCGGCUGAUCCAGGCGCUACUGCCGCGAGAGAAGCUUCGGGGAAAUCGAAACGGAAAGUGGCAGCUGAAGGAGGCGAUGACCAGAAGAAACCUCGAAGGCGGAAGACCGCUGAGGCGGCGAGCGGGGGCGAAGGGCCUAUCAGUGACGAGUGCGACGAAGUCUGCGACAUCCCGCCUUGGGAAAGAUAUUACAACCACCGCAGUCUAAGUCGAGAAACUGUGGACGACAUCAAGGAUGCGAUGCAGAGUCAAUACCGCGAGAAAAGGGAGAAAAUCUGGACAAAAAACCCUUUGGUUAUGGCACCCAUCUACAAGCUGGUGGCGCGUAGGCCGGAGAAAGUUGAAAGGGUUCACAAAGAUGUCUUCAAGCCAGAGGACAAGGACAAGUACUACUAUUACCCUGUUAACGGUCAACACACCGUGGCUGCUGUGAAGGAGUUGGAGAGUGAGCCAAUAUUCGAUUUGUGGAAGAUGCACUUGUGGUCGGCGAGAGUAGUGUGGUUCUCCGACCGAGAUUUCGCAGGGUAUAGGCAGGUCAGUCUCAACGAAAACACGAGACAAAAGAUGUCUAAGCAGCGAUCGCAGAAGGCCGCGUUCUUGGACAUGCGGGAGGCAUGGGAGAACGAAGGAAGGCCGAUGGCCAUUCAAGGGAACCCUUCCGGCAAGGAGACCGAGAAACAAAAGUUUUUCGAUUUCCAAAAGCUGAUUUUGGGAAAGAGUCCGAACGAGUCUCACUGGUCGUUGUCAAAACAAGAUAAAUCGCUCGCCGACAAGGAGUAUGUCAUUGCCGUUGGCAAUGCAUUGAGGCAGUGGAUGCCGUUCGUGACGGCCGGUGAUGACGUUUUCCGCAAAGCCAUGGAGUUCUACGCGAAAUGGGCGGAGGGGAAGUUGUUGGGCGGCGACGGUAAGACGCCAUUGUCGAGGCCGGGCAAAUACAUGCUAGACAAAUGUCCGGGUCUGCAAGCAAUUUCGGAAACGGGCUCGAAAGGGGCGGCUGGUGAAACGAAAAUGGGGUGGCUGGUCCGGGUCCCGCCGCCUCCGACUAAAAAGAAAACGCAAGCGGAUGACAAGUUUUUCGUGGUCGUGAAAGAGCCAGACAUGUAUUGUUGGCAGUGUCUCGCCGACAUGACCGAUGUCGAGAAACUAUUGGUGCUUGACGACAUUCUCGCACUAAGGGGAGUGUUCAUGCAAUCCGCAGGUGGCCAUCUGAAGCGUCAGCAUAAACCUGGAAUUAAAGAAAUGGUCGCGACGAGGAAAGUUGACCGUGUGAUGCUCUGUAUGUUCCACUACAUCUUGUCCCUUGAAACGGAGGAGGACGAACGUGUUUGGCGCCACGGGAGCCCCUUUUUUCGGACCGAGGGGAAGCUUCUGGAGCAGUUCGGGCCACAGGGACUCACGAAACAGGUGUGGGUCGAAAUGCGAAAGCAUUUCCAGGGCGCGGUGGAGUACGUGAACACUUGCAAACGUACUCUUCCGCACGAGAAGGAGUCCAUCGACGACGCGAAGAGAUUGUAUGAUGAUGACAGGUUCCCUAAAUCUUUCGAAAAGUCUGUCUGUUCCAUCUUGCGACGGACGGAAGAAGAAGUUCGAGACACGAUCAGGGUAAGCGGGGAUGUGAGACACAUCAAAUGGCCCGAACUCAACCGGGUGACCAGCCUUAUUCCUUUCGCUUUCCCGCCUUCCCAAGCUCACAGUCAUGUCACUGCGAUCCGUGAGGUUGUGCGACAUUACGUGUGCAACCUGUACGUCCUCGAUUUGUGUGAUCCCACACUCCUCAUAAACUGGCGAGAAGACAAUCUCGCCAACUUGCAAGGCCUUCUACAAACACUUUCGCCAACGCACUGGGCACUUGUCAUCUUUUUCCCCUCUCGUUGGGAGCUCAGUUUCUUGAAAGGCAUGGUCAGGCUUAGCAUCCAUCACGUCAGCACACAGAAGUGGGUACGUAAUGCACAAAAGCAGGCCACCGUCUGGGAAGGCAAUAUGCUGGUUGAGGAGUAUGACUGCCUGUACGUGAUAUUUAAUGGCGAGAAGAUGGAAGACAACACAUACGCAGUCUACCCGGCCAGUAGCCCGACAAAGGCUUCUCGUUCCCAAGGUCCUAGUCCGGCCAAAGACACGGUGGCGGCCCGCUCGAAACCUAUGUGUUCGUCGGACCCAUCAGGACAAGCUGUGGCGUGUUUCAACGUGGCGAAAGAGGAAAGGUUCUCUCGUAGCAUGUGGGAGGACGGCGGCGUGACAAGUUCUCAAGGACCUGUUUACGGGGAGAUGGAGCGGAACCCAUCCCGUCUACUUGGUCUACUCGAAAACUUUUGCAAAGCUGGGCAAAUUGUUUUUUUCUUUGGGAAGGCGCAUGCGUUUGUCGUGUGGGGACUCCUUCGCACCGGUCGGAACGUCGUCGCGUUGGAGAAGGAGGCGAGGAUGAUCGACUACCUUCACGAGCUUGUGAAAACACGCGUUGCAGACACUCGCAAUGCUUGCGAACUCUACUUCUUCGGCAAGCAUCACCGGUUCACGUCGGCGGAUGUCUGGGGACACAACGUCGUCUGGCACCCGAGGAUAUUCCAACCUGCUGUGAGGAAUGGAAUGUGGGUCAUGGCAAUAAAGGAGGCCGAUGGCAAGUGGAGUGGACUGAAGAGACUGGGAGCGGGUGCAUUUAAGAGAAAAGCAAGAACUGCUCUGGUGGAGCAUUUGAGUCUCAUGAACCCCGAGAGGAACGAUCAGGACGUCGAUCCGUAUGCAAAACAAAAGCUACAUGAGUUGUACACCAACAACAUGUUGGAGUUUCGAGCGCCUUUCUACGGACUCGAAACGGCACCGUCUCGUGGCAUUGACUGGCGCAUGCCGCAACCUCCACCGGCAAGGCAGCAUCCGGGAGGGGGUGGUGGAGGAGACGAAGGAGACGAAGGAGGUGGCGGAGGAGACGGCUCACAGUUUGCCGGAAAGGGGACGGGCAAGACAUCGUUGGUUGAGAAGGCGUUCGGCGGAAAGGGGUCAGGCGAAAAGGGGUCGGGCGGGAAGGGGUCGGGCGGGAAGGGGUUGGGCAGGAAGGGGUCAGGCGGAAAGAGUAGAACGUCCGGGAGUUCCCUGUGUAUGGAAACUGACCCCCACUGCGUAGGGAGUCGAGGUUCCGACAUGCGAGACGAGGCCACCCUGACGUCUGAUCAAGUGCGAGUAGAUUCGCACUUGUCUGCGAGGAGUUUGUUUCUCGUUGCCCAGGAGAGUCCAUCCCACCGUGCGCAGCAGAGGUCUCCUGUGCUCAACACCUUGCUCCUGAAAGAGGGUGCGUCUUCGUUUUGCCUGGAGGGCGGGAUGCCUGCAUUGCGAAGGAGCGAAGGUGGAACCUCCGGUUCCCUCGGCUCGGGGGACCGCCACAAACUCCGAAUACAUUCGGAUUUGCUUAUGUCGCCCUCCGCCGUAAGUGCUCCUCACGCAACAGUUCCGCGGGGCCAAGAAAAUGUGACGUCCUGGCCCCCGCAUCUUCAGUUGGACACAAGUUUACCCUGCUCGCCUCCUUUCUCAUGUGUUGAGACUCGAGACUGGCGGUCUCGCGACGUGCUGGAGGGGGCCGCUCUAGGAGUGUUGGAGACCGGGGGUAGCGAGAACGAACGUCACACUCCUGGGGAAGACGAGCGCUCUCCGGGAACGCGUGCUGUACAUCGGGAAGAGGAGACUCAACGCUGGCAGUCUCGCAAAGUGUUGGAGACCGGGGGUAGCGAGUGUGAACGUCAUGCUUCGGAAGGUGCAUCCGUGGACACUGACAGCGAGAGUGCAGGAGCAACGGGGGAAACGCAUGCUGUACAGCAGGGAGAGGAGAGGAGACACGGGCCAACUCGUGAAGACGUGAAGUGGCUACACGCAAGAGCGCUGGUGAUCGGGACUUCCGAAGAGGUUUUGCACAGUCGCUCGGCUGUGGCCACGACGCGAGAGGGUGUCGUUAAGGGAGGUCAGUGGACGUCCGUGCAAGCUCCCGUUCUUGGCGACGAUGACGACGAAGAAGAACCCGCGGUGGAAGCUCGGGUUCAUGGCGAUGAGAAAGGCGGAGAACCCGUGGUGGAAGGCGGUGAGGUGACUGUCGACAUCCGGACGGAUCCACAGCGGAAAGAUGGUGAUUCUUCGCCCACCCGUUGCGGUGAAGAAGAGGGUGGUCAAGCGUCUGUCCUUAGCACCGCUCGGGGAAUGGUGCUUCAUGAAGCCAUAGAGUCGGGUGACGACUCGGCAGCCACCGAGCUGGAUAGCGACUCAGGCGUGGCCGAGAUGCAGAACGUCGAAUCCUCUGUGGAAGGUGGUGAGGUGGCUGUCAGCAUCAAGAUGGAUCCAGAGCGGAAAGAUCAUGAUUCUCCGUCCACCCGUUGCGGUGCAGAACAGGGUGAUCGAGGAUCUGUCCUCAGUACCGAUCGGGAAAUGGUGCUUCAUGAACCCAUCGACUUGCCAAGCGACUCAGCUGCCACCGAGCUGGUUAGCGACACAGCCGUGACCGAGGUCCAGAACCUCGAAUCGUCCGUGGACGUUGGCGCAGUGGCGCGACAGGAGGGCGAGUUCCCUCAAAGGGCUCCUGAGCACGGUGUGAGGUUGUUAAUGUCCCUGCCCAUGAAGCCUUUAAAAGCCGUGCACGAGAAACGUCUUUCAGGGAGGUCAUUCGCCGAUUUACCGAAGAAGUCGUCAAGUGUAGGGUUGUUUAAAAGGGUCCAGAUGCCUCGCCUUUCCCAGAGAGCUGUCAGGGUUCUGAAGGCUUGUGGAAUAGAUAAGGAGGAAGGUCUGCGGAAACAUUUGACUGCGUCUAUUGAGAACGUUACUGCUUUGUCUGAUCGGUCUGAUGACGAUGGCGAACGGGGUGUCUUGAAAGACCUGUCUUCUAAGUACAUCGCGAAGGACACAUUCAACAGUCGGGGAUACAACUUUUAUGGGAAAAGGGCAAACAGUUCUUAGCCAUUCCGCCCCGGGGUUUGUGCUCACUCCUCACACUUGUUCGUGGGUGUUUGUGCAGCAGGGGCUACAUCAUGUUUUCGCG